AUGGUGCAAUUGUAUAUUCAUGUAAAACCUCCCUUCUGCCCAAAUCUCCAAGACCUCAGCACCUCCUUCGGUCGAUAUGUUGUUCUCCCGCCACCUCCUCCGCAAACCACCGUCGAAACGCCACCUCCUCCGCCUUUUUUCCACCACCCCUACACCCUCCCAAUCUUCAGCGGUCAAUGUGAAUAAACAUUCCGGCGACCACGAGUUCCUCCAACCAAGCACCUUCAUUAACUCCUGGAAGACUCCUCGCGAUCCGAAGCAGGCCGAAGCUCAACUCUCCUUUCUCCGACGAGAAUACGCCCGGAAAGUGAAGGAAAUCCGGAAGGAGUAUAUCAAGGAAAUGGAAUCGCAGAGGCUCGAAAAAUUGCGCAAAGACGAGGCCAAAAAAGAGGCACUGAGAAUUUCAAAUGAGGAGAGAAAAGCCGCAAAGGCUGCGAAGAAGAAGGCCGAGGCUAUCGAGAGACAGGCUGCCGAAGAAGAGUUCCGGCGAACCCUGAUGAAAGAAAGAGCAGAGAAGCUUGAAUAUUGGAGGAUGAGACAAAUGAAAAUUGAGGAGAAAAGGAAAGAGAAGAAGGAGCUUCUGCAUAGACAAAGUUCUAUAUGGGUUGAUGAAUUAGAAUUGGAGAAGAAGACNCUUGAGGCCAUUGUUGAUACUACUACUCUUUGAAUGAGUUCUCUUCCAAAGCUGAUUGCACGAGAUAGGAUUGUCGGUGCUAGGAUAUUUUUAUCUUAGUCUUGGCCUGCCUCGUUCGGAAAUUUUCAAAUUCAAGUUAUUUGACUGUUGUUUACAGAUGUAACCUGAUUAAUAUCUGAUAGAUUGGAGGUGAAUGAUGGUUCCUUGAAAUAAAGUGAUUGCUUACUUUAAUUUAAGCAUACUGAUUAUCAUAGUCAA